AUGCUUGCAAGAAACGGAACACAGAAUACGGCAGUGGCCGGAGGACAUAGCGGGGAUCGCGGACAAGGCCUACACUGGAUAUGCAAUCGUAACCAUCACCUGGCCUUUGUAAAUUACCCAAGAUGGACUGAAAGCAAAUACCUCACAUUUUCAUCUUUCCCAUCCAAAUUUCUUCUCUGCUGGUCAAUCCUCGUUAUUGUCUUCUUCCCACAGUUUGUGAACUCUCUUCCAUACAAAGUUGGUGUUGUUGGACCUUGGUCCUGUGAUCCAUUGUUUUCUAAAGCUCUUCCACACGUUGCUGCCAAGUUAGCUGUUGAACGCAUCAAUAAGGAUGCUUCCUUAGACUUAGGACAUACCUUUAAUUAUGUGAUAAUUGAUGAAGACUGCCAAACCUCAAAAGCUCUAUCAACCUUUCUUACAUAUUCUGGGGUUGCUUCAGGCUUUAUUGGCCCUUCAAACCCAGGAUACUGUGAUGCUGCUACUCUAUUAGGAAAGAACUGGAACAAAGCUGUGUUUUCUUGGGCCUGCAUAAACUAUGAGCUGGACAAUGUGAAAAGUUACCCUACCUUUGCAAGGACGCUACCCUCACCCACCAGAGUUCUUUUUAAUGUAAUGAAGUAUUUUCAGUGGGCACAUGUUGGAGUAAUUUCAUCCAAUGAAGACAUUUGGAAGGAUACUGGGAGGAAAGUGGCAAAUGCCCUCCGCAGUAAUGGUCUGCCAGUGGGGAUUGUUAUAUCAAUGGGGGAGGACAAUAAUAGCAUUCGACAAGCUCUGCAAAAAAUGCGCAAGGUUGACAAUCUACGCUUGAUCAUAAUGUGCAUGCAUUCUGUGCUUAUCGGAGGCCAACAACAGCGGAAACUUCUGGAAAUUGCCCAUGACUUGAAAAUGACAGAUGGUACCUAUGUGUUUAUCCCAUAUGAUACCCUCUACUAUAGCUUGCCCUAUAACAAGACACCAUAUGAGAUGCUAAGACUCAGCUCCAAGCUCCGAGCCGCCUAUGAUGCUGUACUCACUGUAACUGUGGAGUCAGAAGAAAAAAACUUCUUCCAAGCCUUCCAAGAAGCAAAGGAAAGUGGUGAGGUUGUCACUGAAGUGAACCCCGCACAGGUGUCUCCUUUAUUUGGAACCAUAUACGAUGCGAUUUAUUUCACGGCACAUGCUAUGAACAGCAGCAAGAAGCACGGCUGGGUUUCUGGGUCCAGCUUAGUCAAGCAUUCAAAAAACAUGCAGUUUUAUGGCUUUAACCAAUGGAUUAAGACAGAUAUGAGUGGCAAUGGAUUCACAGACUAUGUCAUUCUGGACACAGAUAUAAAGACCUGGGAACUUUAUCGAACCUAUGUUGUGGAUAUGGAGACAGAUAUGGUCAGAUUCAUGGGAAGAGCCAUUCACUUUCCAAAUGGUGCCUCCCCAAAAUCGGAUUCAUACUGCUGGUUUGCAAAUGAUAAAAUCUGCACUGGAGGUAUUGAUCCUGCCUUUGCGUUAAUGAUCUUUCUGUGCAUACUUGUUGCCAUCAUCUCUAUAAAUGGACUUGCUUAUGUUAUAAGGCGUCGUAUUAAUAAAAUCAAACUAGUUAGAGGGCCUGACAAAAUUCUCCUGACUCUGAAUGAUGUCACAUUUAUUAAUCCUCAAAUCAGUAUCAAGAAAAUGAGCAAUGAUGGUAGUCGCACCAGUGACAGUGCACAGGUGAUGUCAGACACCAGGAGCAUGAGGUCUCCAAUGAGGUCUGGUUCUGUUAAGAGUCUCACCCCAGCUACUUAUGAAAACUCCAAUGUAGCAGUCUACGAGGGUGACUGGGUAUGGAUGAAAAAGUUCCCAUCAGGUGAUUUUGGAGACAUUAAGCCUGGAACAAGUGAUGUUUUUGAAAUGAUGAAGGACAUGCGUCACGAAAAUGUUAACCCAUUCCUUGGGUUCUUCCAUGACUGCGGAGUCUUUGCCAUUGUCACGGAAUUUUGUUCCAGGGGCAGCUUAGAGGACCUCCUUCGAAAUAAAGAUGUCAAACUUGACUGGAUGUUUAAAUCUUCCCUUCUUUUAGAUCUUAUCAAGGGCAUGAAGUAUUUACAUCACAGAAAGUUUAUUCAUGGUCGACUCAAAUCCCGUAAUUGUGUAGUAGAUGGACGCUUUGUGUUAAAAAUCACAGAUUAUGGGUACAAUGAAAUCUUACAGACUCAAAGGAUUGCACAUGAAGAACCUUCUGCACUUGAGUUGCUAUGGACAGCACCAGAGCUUCUGAGAGAUCCACAUGCAGCACUGCAUGGCACAUUUGCUGGAGAUGUUUAUAGCUUUUCCAUAAUCAUGCAGGAGGUUGUGGUGCGUGGACCUCCAUUUUGCACAUUGGAACAGACUCCAGAAGAAAUCAUCCCAAAGAUUAAAAAACCACCUCCUUUGUGCCGCCCAGUGGUCUCUCCUGACCAUGCUCCUAUGGAGUGCAUUGUACUCAUGAAACAAUGCUGGAACGAAGUGCCGGACAGACGUCAUUCUUUUGAUGAAAUAUUUGAUCAAUUUAAAAACAUCAAUAAAGGAAAGAAAACAAACAUUAUUGAUUCCAUGCUGCGCAUGUUGGAACAAUAUUCAAGUAACCUAGAAGACUUAAUACGUGAGAGAACAGAAGAACUGGAGAUAGAAAAACAGAAAACUGAAAAGCUCUUAACUCAAAUGUUACCUCCAUCUGUGGCAGAAGCACUGAAAACAGGCUGCACAGUGGAACCUGAAUGGUUUGAUGAGGUUACCUUAUACUUCAGUGAUAUAGUGGGUUUUACCACCAUAUCAGCCAUGAGCGAGCCCAUUGAGGUAGUAGACCUUCUCAAUGACCUGUACACAUUAUUUGAUGCGGUCAUUGGAAAUCAUGAUGUAUAUAAGGUAGAGACAAUAGGAGAUGCCUACAUGGUCGCAUCAGGCCUUCCUAAGAGGAACGGGAACAGGCAUGCAGCGGAGAUUGCCAACAUGUCCCUGGAUAUUCUCAGCUCUGUAGGAUCUUUCAAAAUGAGACAUAUGCCUGAUGUCCCUGUUAAGAUACGUAUUGGCCUACAUUCAGGGCCUGUGGUAGCUGGUGUAGUAGGCCUGACAAUGCCAAGGUACUGCCUGUUUGGGGACACAGUAAAUACUGCUUCCCGUAUGGAAUCAACAGGGUCACCCUAUCGAAUCCAUGUCAAUCAGAGCACUGUGAAAACACUCAGAUCUUUAAAAGAAGGAUACAUACUGGAAUUAAGAGGAAGGACAGAGCUGAAGGGUAAAGGUAUUGAAGAGACAUUCUGGCUGGUUGGAAAAGAAGGUUUUACAAAACCGUUACCUGUCCCGCCAGUGCUGAAGUCAGGGCAAAUGGGUCAUGGUUUGCUGCAGGAUGACAUAGUCGCUUUCAAAAGAAGAAAAGCAGAAAAGCAACUUGCAAGGAAGAAUAUCUGA